AUGCUAAUUCCGUCAGCGGCUGUUGGAGCACUGAUCGGUAAAGGCGGUGAAGCAAUGCGUAAUCUGAAAAGCGAAUCUGGCUGUCGGCUGCAGAUGAGCAAAAAUCAGGAAGUCUAUCCUGGAACAAAUGAACGGAUUUGUUUGGUUAAAGGUAGAAUUGCGUCUGUCUUAAAAGUAGCUGAUGCAAUUCUGGAGAAAAUUCGAGAGAAAGUGGACAGCAGCAUACCGACAGAUAUGUAUGAUCAUAAAGGCAUUGAACGAAAGAAUGAGAUGAAACUCGUGGUACCGAAUACCUCGGCGGGCAUGGUAAUUGGUAAAAGUGGCGCAAGGAUCAAAGAAAUUCGUGAGCAGACCGGGGCCAAUAUUCAAGUUUACCCGAAAGCUGGUAGUCCGGAAGCUAAAGUAAGCCAGGAGCGAAUCAUCACGAUAGCUGCGGAGCAGGACGAUGUGCUCAUGGAUGCGCUGCAGCGUGUCCUAGAAAAAGUAGCGGCCGAUCCGCAGCAUGCAAUUACACCAGCACUGGAGCAUAAAGAUGAUAGUUUGGGUGCCGGUGGUGGCCUGUUGCAUGGAUUGGGUGGCAGCAUGCAAAGUCAGCCUAUCCAGCCAUUUGAUUUUACCAAUCGUGGCCAGAAUAUGUCCCAUGACGGUCAUGCAGCUCAGCAUCGGGCGCAGAGCAAAACAAAGUGUGAGACGCCGCCGCAUGGGGAUAAGCGUGAAAUGAAGGAAAGAUGUCGCGUUCCGGAUGGAGCAGAUGAGUAA